AUGACCUCAUCAGCCACACCUUCUAACCUGGGACUGGAGGACCUGAGGCCCAUGUCACGAGGAAUCAACAUCAUUCCCAGAAGCAAGACUGCUUCUCAGACAUCCAGCCGAGAUACUCAGAGGAGGAAUACCCUCAAGUGUGACUCCGCCUCCUCUGUGCAGUCGGUGGCUGACGAGAGUCUGUCUUUAGUGGACAUUGAGAGCAUGCUCUUACACAAAGUGAAGGACCGAAAAGAUGACUUGAAGGCAGCUUUCCGUGCCUUUGACCAGGAGGGCAGUGCCACUAUUACUAAAGGGGAGUUUCGCCGAGUUAUUGAGGGCUUUCUUGUGCCACUCACUCAGUCUCAGUUUGAUGGCCUGUUUGUAAAGGUCCCAAAAAGAAGGAAUGGAACUAUACCCUAUAUGGAAUUCCUACAACAAUACUGCAAGGUCUCAUCAGCACCAAAUAGGAGCAUGUCAUGCUACAGAGUUCCAUCUGGUAGUGGAAGUCAGCGCAGUUGGCCGCUUGGAGAGCUGCAGUGCCGCUUGAAGGACAAGAUUGGAGGCAAUUUGAAAAAGAUUACAAGGGCUUUUCGCCUGUUUGAUUAUAACCGGGAUGGACAAAUCCAGCAGCAUGAACUGCGGAGAGUUCUGGAGAGUUACUGCUUUCCUCUGAGCCAGCAGGAGUUUCACAGGCUAUGGGUACAUUACAGCCCAAAUAACUCACAGACGAUAUCCUACAAAGAGUUUCUUGAGAGGCUUGGUGUUGAUUGUGAGAACUACCGGAAAAUUGCACCGGACUCUGCAAAGCUUGCUUUGAACUGGGAUGCAGUUAGCCGGUCUAAAGCAAGACCCAAGAGCAGAACAUCAGCUUGGGAGACUUCAUCUGUGACCCAGUAUAGUUUAGAUGAACUUCACACCAUGUUUCUUAAGAAAAUGAGUUUAAAUUAUCAUGUUGUGCAGAAAGCACUUCAAGCAUUAGAUAUCACAGACAGCGGUAUUGUCUCCUAUGAUGACCUGAAGUCAGUUCUGAACAGUUUCCUAUUUCCAAUCAAUCACAAUUCAUUUUUGGGCCUGUUAAAUAGAUUUGGAGUGAACCUUGCAGAGCCUGUACAGUGGAGAAAAUUCAUUGCUCUCUUCAGGGAAGAGGAACAGAUGUUACCUGCUGUGAAAGAUGCAGGUCCUGCUGCCUGUAAGCUGUCCAGUAUUGAAGAAGUCUUGCCAAAAUUACGUGAACAGAUACUUGAGGUGUUUCCUCAUCUGAAGAGGGCCUUUCUGGUGUUUGAUGAUAACAGAACUGGGCUGGUCAGCCGAGGUGAUCUGCGGAGGCUGCUGGAGAGUCUGACUUUCACCCUGACAGAUGAGCAGUUCAGAGGACUGACAGAACUCCUCCAUGUGCCACAUUCGGGCUCCAUCAGCUAUCAACGCAUCCUGGACUUUUUUCAAAAGGAAAGGCCAGCAGUAGUGGUUCAGGAACAGAUCGGUGAAUCUACAGAGAAGCCAGAGGCUCAGACCCAACCUACUGCUGAUUCUCCUUCAGUCACAGCAACGUGGACUGUAGUGGAAGGGGUUCUUAAGGAGCAGCUAUCUGAGCAUUACUCUUCACUGAUGUCAUCUCUAAGCGAGACAGACCCAACUCAGAGCUGCACCGUUCCUCCUGAAGACCUGAGAAAGCUCCUCCAGCAGUAUGGACUGCCACUGUCUGAUAGCCACUUUAACAAGCUCUGUGAACCUUUCAUGGAGUCUGGAGCAGUGAACUAUAAGUUGUUAUUAAUGAGCCUUGGCAUGUCCUUGAGGAACGGCAAGACAAAGAGCGUACACAAGGGUCUUUGCUUGAUUGAGAGAAAACAGAGUGCUUAUCAAGCUAAUAUGGAGAGUGUUAAAAAGCAAGCUGUGGUGGACGUUGUUCUGAAGAAGCUCAGAGACAGGUUGCAGAUGCGUGGGCUCACACUUCAUCAGUGUCUGAUGGACACCAACAGAAGCUCUGCAUCAGUACUUGACCUGAGAGACUUCCAGAAGAUUCUGGAUGAUUGUAGAAUUUCCAUGCAAGUACAACAAUUCCAGGCUCUCAUCCAAACUCUUGGUUUCAUCAAUGGACAGAUCUCCUUUUCAGACUUAAUAGACAAAUAUGAAGAUGCCAUAGCAAAAGAAAACAACGAAGGGCAUCAAACAAUCUUAAAUAAUGUUAAGGCUGAGACUUUUAUGUCUGCAGAGGACUGUUUAAAUCAGCUCGAGGAACGCAUCAAAGAAUGCCACAGGGAUGUUUUAACAGCUUUCCGACUGAUGGACAGAAACAGAGACGGGCUGGUGAACUACAGUGACUUCAGAGUGCUGUUUGACAGCCUGAGAUUCGUGGUUAAAGAAAAAGAGUAUCAGAAACUGCUCGAGCUGCUGGGCUUUAAAUCUGGCUCGACUCUUAACUACGCUGAGUUCCACACCAAGAUUCGUUCUGACAGGAAAACCGGAGCUAAUCUCAUCAAUAGUAUGACAGCUGAUCAGUUACUCGAUCGAGCUUGUGAACAGGUUCAUGCCUAUCUCGUGGCCACUGCACACACAAGAGGGUCCGAGCUCUCAAAGGCUUUUACACUAUAUGGUGAAGAUGGUGAAAGCAAGAUCACCAAGAAAGAUCUGAGGCAUGUACUUUACAAGUACUACUUGCCCAUUUCUCCAAGAGAAUUUGAGAAAAUAUGGGCGAGGUAUGAUGAUGAUGGGAAAGGAUACGUCACUCAGACAGAGUUCCUGAACAAGUUGAAUAUCACUCCACAUGAGUCUACACAGUCUCCAGCAGGAAAAACCAUCUACAGAGCAGCCUCACAAAACCUUCUAACUGAGACAGAACUGCACAAUCUAAAGCAGUGUUUAAAGCUCUGCUUUGAGGAUGUGCGCCAGAGUCUGGUGGAACUGGAUAAGAGGGGAGAUGGUCAUGUGACAGUUAUGGACCUGUUAGCUCUGUUACGGACACAUGGAUUCCAGAUCGAGGAUCAUCAAUUAUUGGGUCUAAUCAACAAUCUUGGACUUGAUGUAUGCAAGCUGUCAUACCGUGAUUUUCUAGACUGUAUUGCUGGGCCAAGAGUCAGUAACAGGUCUGUUAUGGCGUCUCCAGUCAGUCCAUCCAUGAUGUCUUCUGUAACAGGAGAUAGGGUAGAAAAUCUCAGCCCUGAGAGAGCCUUACAGAAGGUCAAAGAACUUGUCACAAACUCCUCGGAUACUCUAUCCAAGGCAUUCACAGCAUUUGAUAAAACCCGAAGUGGCAAGAUAGCUCAAGCAGAAUUUCGGCGAGUGCUGGAUCAUUUUUGCAUCAAGCUCUCCAACAUGCAAUACAGACACCUGCUAGCUAAGCUGUCGAUCAAAGAAGAGGAAAGCAAGGUGGACUGGAAGCAGUUUCUACACAUCUUCAAUCUUCACAAUCAAGAAACAUCUGAGGAAUGGCUGGAGAAAAUCAACAAGGUACACUUCCCUAACCAGACAUGUCUUCUGCCAAUGAGUGAUAUACUAGGACGGAUCCAGGAGGUUGUUUCUGCUCGCAUUUAUACGAUCACCAAGGAAAUGGUGGAUAUAGAUUAUGCUGGUGUACAAACGAUUGCAAAAGAGGGCUUCAGGACCAUUUGUGACCACCACUUCAUGAGACUCACUGAUGAACAGUUUGAAGCUUUGUGGAAAAUGUUGCCCAUCAAUCUCUUUGGAAACCUGGAUUACCGUGAGUUCCUGAAGAAGUUCAGUCGAGAACCAGUAGCUCAGGGAAGUGCUAGAGGAUCACCUUCUCCAAAUCCAUCACAGAGAUCAGCUGUUGCUGUCCCACAGUGCCCGAAAACAGCACCCUGCAACCUUGGGAGAAGUAAGUCAUUAGGCCCAGAGCAGCUCAGGGCUUCCUCUGCAGUCUGUGGACACUCUGCAGUGAGCACACUGUCGAACUCUGAAGCUGUGGAGAAGAGGUUGCGCUCCCAGAUCCGAUCCUGCUGGCGAGAGGUCCAGAGGCGGUGCAGGGAGACCGACACGAGGAGCAAUGGGGAGAUCAAUGUCGAGACUUUCUUAGGCAUACUGGAGGAUUUCCGUAUUAGCCUUACACAGUCUCAGUUUGAGCAGCUGUCUGAGAAGUAUAACAUCAAAAGCAAGGAGCGUCUUUCCUACCCAGAAUUCCUGCAGCACUUUGUGCUCACGCUCAAACCUCAAGCCAACACUUUCAGCCGUAGACGCAAACUGCACAUGCCAUCAACGAUGAGUUCAGGACCGAUGAGUAAGCAGUGCAUGUAUACCUUGCUCAGGCUGUGUCCUUCUGUCCAGCUUUACUGGAGGACCAUGAAGCAGGCAUUUAUCUCCUGUGACAAGGACCGCACAGGAAAGAUUUCUCUUCAGGAUUUCAGAAAAGUUUUGAGGCAGUACAACAUCAGUCUCUCAGAGGAAGAUGUCUUUCAUCUUACAUCUUUCUUUGAUAAGAACAUCUCAGGACGUAUUUCAUACAAUGAGUUUCUGAGCAUUUUACAGAAAUGA